AUGGAAUUCUGGGCCAACGAGGAGAACCAGAGCGUGGCGGUCGACUUCCUGCUGCCCACGGGGGUCUACCUCAACUUCCCCGUGUCCCGCAAUGCCAACCUCAGCACCAUCAAGAAGGUGCUGUGGCACCGAGCCCAGUAUGAGCCGCUCUUCCACAUGCUCAGCGACCCCGAGGCCUACGUGUUCACCUGCGUCAACCAGACGGCGGAGCAGCAGGAGCUGGAGGACGAGCAGCGGCGGCUGUGCGACAUCCAGCCCUUCCUGCCCGUGCUGCGCCUGGUGGCCCGCGAGGGCGACCGCGUCAAGAAGCUCAUCAACUCGCAGAUCAGCCUCCUCAUCGGCAAAGGCCUGCACGAGUUCGAUUCCCUGCGGGACCCCGAGGUGAACGACUUCCGGGCGAAGAUGCGGCAGCUGUGCGAGGAGGCGGCGGCGCGGCGGCAGCAGCUGGGCUGGGAGGCCUGGCUGCAGUACAGCUUCCCGCUGCAGCUGGAGCCCGCGGCGCGGGCCUGGGGCGCCGGCGCCCUGCGCGCCCCCGGCCGGGCCCUCCUGGUCAACGUCAAGUUCGAGGGCAGCGAGGAGAGCUUCACCUUCCAGGUGUCCACCAAGGACCUGCCGCUGGCGCUGGCGGCCUGCGCCCUGCGCAAGAAGGCCACCGUGUUCCGGCAGCCGCUGGUGGAGCAGCCCGAGGACUACACGCUGCAGGUGAACGGGAAACAGGAGUUCCUGUACGGCAGCUACCCGCUCUGCCAGUUCCAGUACAUCUGCAGCUGCCUGCACAGCGGGCUGACCCCCCACCUGACCAUGGUCCACUCCUCCUCCAUCCUUGCCAUGCGGGACGAGCAGAGCAACCCUGCCCCCCAGGUCCAGAAAUCGCGCACCAAGCCGCCCCCCAUCCCCAUGAAGAAGCCCUCGUCCCUGUCCCUGUGGGCCCUGGAGCAGCCCUUCAGCGUGGAGCUGAUCCAGGGCAGCAAAGUGAACGCCGACGAGCGGAUGAAGCUGGUGGUGCAGGCCGGGCUCUUCCACGGCAACGAGACGCUGUGCAAGACGGUGUCCAGCUCGGAGGUGAGCGUGUGCUCGGAGCCCGUGUGGAAGCAGCGCCUGGAGUUCGACAUCCACGUGUGCGACCUGCCGCGCAUGGCCCGGCUGUGCUUCGCGCUCUACGCCGUCAUCGAGAAGGCCAAGAAGGCGCGCUCCACCAAGAAGAAGGCCAAGAAGGCGGACUGCCCCAUCGCCUGGGCCAACCUCACCCUCUUCGACUACAAGGACCAGCUGAAGACCGGCGAGCGCCGCCUGUACAUGUGGCCCUCCGUCCCAGACGAGAAAGGGGAGCUGCUGAACCCCACGGGAACCGUGUGCAACAACCCCAACACCGAGAGCGCCGCCGCCCUGGUCAUCUGUCUCCCCGAGGUGGCGCCCCACCCCGUGUACUACCCCGCCCUGGACAAGAUCCUGGAGCUGGGGCGGCACGGGGAGCACGGGCGCGCCACGGAGGAGGAGCAGCUGCAGCUGCGGGAGAUCCUGGAGCGGCGCGGGUCCGGGGAGCUGUACGAGCACGAGAAGGACCUGGUGUGGAAGAUGCGGCACGAGGUGCAGGAGCGCUUCCCCGAGGCGCUGGCCCGGCUGCUGCUGGUCACCAAGUGGAACAAGCACGAGGACGUGGCCCAGAUGCUCUACCUGCUGUGCUCCUGGCCGGAGCUGCCCGUGCUGAGCGCCCUGGAGCUGCUGGACUCCAGCUUCCCCGACCGCCACGUGGGCUCCUUCGCCAUCAAGUCCCUGCGGAAGCUGACGGACGACGAGCUGUUCCAGUACCUGCUGCAGCUGGUGCAGGUACUCAAGUACGAGUCCUACCUGGACUGCGAGCUGACCAAGUUCCUGCUGGACCGGGCGCUGGCCAACCGCAAGAUCGGCCACUUCCUCUUCUGGCACCUCCGCUCCGAGAUGCACGUGCCCUCUGUGUCCCUGCGCUUCGGCCUCAUCAUGGAGGCGUACUGCCGGGGCAGCACCCACCACAUGAAGGUGCUGAUGAAGCAGGGGGAGGCGCUGAGCAAGCUGAAGGCGCUGAACGACUUUGUCAAGGUGAGCUCGCAGAAGAGCCCCAAGCCGCAGACCAAGGAGCUGAUGCACCUGUGCAUGCGCCAGGAGACCUACCUGGAGGCGCUGUCCCACCUGCAGUCCCCGCUGGACCCCAGCAUCCUGCUGGCGGAAGUCUGCGUGGAGCAGUGCACCUUCAUGGACUCCAAGAUGAAGCCGCUGUGGGUCGUGUACAGCAACGAGGAGGCGGGCGGCGACGGCAGCGUGGGCAUCAUCUUCAAGAACGGGGACGACCUCCGCCAGGACAUGCUGACGCUGCAGAUGAUCCAGCUCAUGGACGUCCUGUGGAAGCAGGAGGGUCUGGACCUGAGGAUGACCCCCUACGGCUGCCUCUCCACCGGGGACCGCACGGGCCUCAUCGAGGUGGUGCUGCGCUCGGACACCAUCGCCAACAUCCAGCUGAACAAGAGCAACAUGGCAGCCACGGCCGCCUUCAACAAGGACGCCCUGCUCAACUGGCUCAAGUCCAAGAACCCUGGGGAGGCCCUGGACAGGGCCAUUGAGGAGUUCACCCUCUCCUGUGCCGGCUACUGUGUGGCCACCUACGUGCUGGGCAUCGGCGACCGGCACAGCGACAACAUCAUGAUCCGCGAGAACGGGCAGCUGUUCCACAUCGACUUUGGCCACUUCCUGGGGAAUUUCAAGACCAAGUUUGGAAUCAACCGCGAGCGGGUCCCCUUCAUCCUCACCUAUGACUUUGUGCACGUGAUCCAGCAGGGCAAGACCAGCAACAGCGAGAAGUUUGAGAGGUUCCGCGGCUACUGCGAGAGGGCCUACACCAUCCUGCGGCGCCACGGGCUCCUCUUCCUCCACCUCUUCGCCCUGAUGCGGGCGGCCGGCCUGCCGGAGCUCAGCUGCUCCAAAGACAUCCAGUAUCUGAAGGACUCGCUGGCGCUGGGGAAGACGGAGGAGGAGGCGCUGAAGCACUUCCGUGUCAAGUUCAACGAGGCGCUGCGCGAGAGCUGGAAGACCAAAGUGAACUGGCUGGCCCACAACGUGUCCAAAGACAACCGGCAAUAG